AUGAAAGGAACCAUUAUAGUUUGCACAAUGGCAGUGGUCUUGACAGUUGGGUACAUAUCUAUGACCCACAAAGCACAGACAGGAAGAGUGUUACUUGAAGUCAUUAGCGAUCUAAACAAAGCAAAGUUAAGGAUAGGGGAACUUCUUAAAAAGAAAAAAACAGGAGAAAAGGUGGAGAAGGCACUGGCAGGUGACUUAGAAAAUAUUGAAAGAAAGAUGGAAAAAAUAAAGGACCAGGUGCUUCUCCCAGAGAAGAGUGCGUCUAAAGUGGAGAGAGCUUCUUCAAUGGAAAGCAUGAAGCAAAAGACAGGGCCAAAUGCCAUAGAGAGCACAAAUCUCCUUUCAAACAAAAUAGUUGAUCAGAUCAUAGACAGCUAUCUCAAGGGAUCCCUUCCUAUGGAGACAAUUACAAAGGCAAUAAUGGAGAGGCCAGAGCUGCUUGCAUUUACACCAAAGCUGCUGGGGCUAAACCAGCUUCCGCUGAGCAACAACAUUCGCGCAUCGGAGAUACCCACAACACUAAUGAAAAACAUAAUUGAAGAGCAGGCACAGCCCAUUAUAUACCCAAGCAUACCUAAAAUGCAGCCGUACAUAAGUGACAGCGAAAUGCGCAACAGCCUGCAGAGCAGAUUUGAAAAUGAAAUGGAGGAAGAGGCCAUUCAUAGAUCCAUUCCAAUGAAACAGCUUUCCAGACCCAGCAAAAAGGUGCUUAUUAGGUUGCCACCACCAGAGGCACCUCAGGCUAAUAUAGCACACAUGCUCAAGCCAAUUAUCAGGCAGACAGAAGGAUCUACCCACAUGACUAGCAGAAUGCACAGUCACCAAAAUGAGGAGAGAGGAAUUCCGCCAAGCACAAGAUACAUUGUGAGCAACCUUGCCAAACAGAGCCAUCAGGAAAAGCAGGAAACAAUGCAUCCAGCAUUGAAGGCACUUGCCAUGAAGGAAGAGGAAGUGCAAGAAGUUGAAGAACAUAGUAUGAAGCCACAAGAGAAAAAUCAAAAAGCCGAGAAAAACAGUGCAGUUCCAAAAACAAAAGUACCCGCAGAGAAAAAGGCUCUCGAGCUCAGCAUGCUCAGACAAGUACUAAAUGCAACAGAAAAAGGCAUUAAUCAAGCAAUUCUAAACAGCGAGAUUUCAACACACGGGCUUAUUGUAGAAAGCCCUGUAGAAAGCCUCAAAAAAGAAAUAAAGCCAGCUGCUAUAGAAAAAAAGAGUGCGUUUGUAAAAGAGAAAACAGAAUCUUUUGAGGAAGAGGAAGAAGAGGAGGAUGACAUGCAGUUUGAGCCAUCUGCUGCAGAAAAGAUAAGCAGCAAGAAAGCUGCACAGACAAUUGCUCUGCCAAAACCCAAGCCAAAGGCCAUAGCAAAACAGCCUAUAACAGUAGUAAAGCCCCUUCAAAGCCAUGCAACAGAAGAAGAUCUGGUAAAUCAAGAAGUGCAUCAAGAAGCGCAUCAAGAAGAAGACCUGAAAUCUGUCUACCAAGCAAAGGCAGCAGCAGCUCAUAAAGAGAGCACUGCUGUCCUAUAA